UUUGAGGUUUUGAGCCCUCAGUUCAGUCCCUCAAAACGAUCAUCUAUGGCGGCAACUCGCCCGAUCUUCCGCUCUGCUUCAUCCUCUCCAAGCGUGAAAUUUGUUCUCGCUCAAACCCUUCGCUUCAAGAGCACAUCAACCACGCCCUCUCACCAUAAUCAACACCAGCUUCAGCACGAGUUCUCGACACCCAACGAGUUCCUAGGGAGCUGGAAACCCCCUAAGGAUCCAAAGGAAGCUGAGGCGAAUCUAGCACAGCUGAGAAGAGAGUAUGCGAAGCAGGUGAAAGAGCUACGCAAAGAGUAUAUCUAUGAGAUGGAGUUGCACAGGCAAGAGAAGCAAUUGAAGGACGAGGCCAAGCGAGAGGCUAUUCGUCUUGCCAGGGAGGAACGAAAGGCCGCCAAGGCUGCCAUGGCUCAGGCUCGAGCUGCUGAGAGGAAGGCCAUAGAAGAGGAGUUCCGUCAAACCCUAUUGAAAGAAAGAGCAGAGAAGCUCGAAUAUUGGAGAUCAAGAGAAAAAAGAGUGAAGGAUAGAAAGAACGAAAAGAAAGAGCUUUUGCAUCGACAGAGUUCCAUGUGGGUAGAUGAACAGGAGCUGGAGAAGAAAAUAUUGGAGGCCAUUAUUGAUAUGACCCCUCUCUAAGUCCAAGCUUCUCUAUACUUCCUCCCAUCAAUCUAUGUAUAUUUUAGUCUUUUCAUAUGAUGGGGACUGAUCAAUUUAUCGGCCUCUUCUGGAUUGACCUACAGGUGAAGUGUUGAACUCGCCAUUUGUGAAGUGAAUGAAUUCCAAA